UCCCUCCCUGCACCGCACCCCAUACACCCGCGCUCGCUGAACUCCUCCCCGCAAGCACCCUCCCGUCGCCCACGAUUCGUCGUAGACCCGGUCCUCCUCCCUCUCCCUCCUCCCUCCGUUCCCCUCCCCUCUCCCGAUCGCGCAGCCACGACGAAACCCUAGCGACGAAUCCCUCGCCGAAUCGAAGAUUCCAAGGUUCCGACCGCGGCGAGCGCGGGGCCCGCAUUCCGGAAGCGGGGGAUGGCGACCUGCCGUAAGAUGGCGCGCGUCGACGUCGCUGAGCUGAAGCAGCGGCUGGUGAAGCGACUGGGCCGGCAGCGCGCCGGCAAGUACUUCACGCACCUCACCCUGCUGCUGAAUCUGAAGCUCACCAAGGUGGAGUUCGACCGGCUCUGCUACGCCACCAUCGGGAGGGAGAACAUCGCGCUGCACAACGCCCUAAUUAGAGGGAUCGUAAGCAAUGCGCUGUCGGGGGUGCCCCCGCCGAGCCGGCAGGCGGUCACGGGGCAGUCGGGGACGACCACCGCCCCGAGCGGGCAGUGCGUGGGCGUUGCGCUGCCGACGGUGGGGAAUGUGAGGGCGGUGUUGGAUUUGGGCGACGGUGAGUUGGCGAGGGAGCAGGGGGUGGCGGUAGGGAAGGUGGUGUCUGUGGAGGAUGGGGAGGAGGUGGAGCAGGUCAGGUCUGCUCCGUGCGUUCAGAGUCGGAGCCCAAUAACAGCGCCACUGGGGAUUUCUGUUGCUGGGAGCAGUGGUGUGAGGAUGCGGAGGAUAGAUGAUCCAAUGGUGUCAUGCUAUGAUUCUGGCCAUUUGUUGGAUACAGGUUCUUUGUGCGAGGGUUUGCAGCGGCGGUUGCACAGUGAUGGCAUUGGAGUGACAGCGCAGGGCGUUGAUGCUCUCAAUUGUGGAUUAGAUGAGUUUUUGCGAAGGUUGAUUAAACCUUGCAUGGAUUUGUCGAGGGUAAGAUCUAGCAGUAGAAGAAUUAGUAAAGUUGGUGAGAAGUUUGCUGUUAGAAUGAAUGGCUUGCAACAACCAAAUCAGGGUCAUUGUACCACAUUACAGGAUUUUGCAGUUGCUGUGCAAUCUGAUCCACAUAUGCUUGGGACAAAUUGGUCUACACAGAUCGAGAAGAUACAGACAAUGUCACUUGGAGGAGAAUGAGUCAGGUUGCCCUGUAAGUUGAUGAACUUUUCAAAAGGAGAUGCAGUUGUUGGAACAUAGUAUCAUUGAAGUAAAUGAAGCGGUGGGCCAACAUCAGGUUCACGAAAUCUGAGGAUUGCAGCACUCCCAAGCAAGAAAUUCCAAGGCGCAACAAGUGAACAAUGGGGCUGUGAUGGACACAGUGCAGCAUAAAUUAUUUCUUGGGAAUUUAUAACAGUCAAUAUAAAUUGGAGGAUCAAUAGGGUUUGUUGAUGUCCCGGUUCAAACUGAGCAACUCGUCGACAAAUACACUUGUAAUGGCUGGCACGAAACACAUGUUGUGAUAGUACUUCUAGGGAUCCGUUGUGAUGUUGUAAUAGAGCAUAUUUUUCCGUUAUUGCAGACUUAGUUGGAAUCAUUUUUCGCAGUGAUUAUAAGGGAUACCUUCAUUGCUCCUGUACAUUGUAUUCAGAUAAUGGCAGCUACCACUCGCAAUUGGGUUACUAGUUUUGACUUAGUUGAAGCUGAAUAAAUAUAUAAGUUUUGUUUACUCA